AUGAAGACACUUCCUUUCUGUGCCACCCUCGCCAUCGCGCGGCUGGUGCUUUUCGUCAGCGUCGCUGGUGUCGUCGGUGGGCUGGACGAGCAGCACUCGUACUACGAGGGCAACUACGGCACAUCCGGGCUGGUGUUCGGCAGUCCCGACAGCUCGCGCACCUCCUGGAACUACACAAACCUGAAGGAUUGGCCACCGCUGUGCUUGACGGGGAGACGGCAGAGUCCGAUUUCCUUCGCGAAUAUGAACCCCGACGAGGUUGUGACGAAUGCCCCGCUGCAGCGAUUACAGUUCUCCCCCAAGUGCGUCUUCCCACGUGAGGAGACACAAAUGCGAAUCGUCAACGAGGGCAUCGUGAGCACAGUCAGUUUUGAGAAGCUGGGACGCUUGCCGGAUGACAUGAGCGAGUGCACGGUGAUCGACCCGCUGAACUGUUCGCGCACCUACCACUUCACGAGCCUGCACUUUCACGCCAUGCCGAUGCACCAACUCCGCACGCUGCGCCCCGAAGUCGAAAUGCACAUGUCUUUUACUACAAAUCAUGCGAAAAAGAAGCGUAACGUACUCAUAGUGGCGGUUAUGCUAAAGGCCUCUGCCAUGAUCAACACCACCUCGGUGCGCGCGCUGCAGCACAUCUUAGUUGACGGCUCGCUGCCGAAGCGCAACGCCAUGACGACGUGCUUCUUGACAGAGCGUCUCUCCCUCCUCUCGCUAAUUCCGGCGCGCGAGAGCUACUUGCUCUACGACGGCUCCCAGACGUACCCACCCUGCACCGAGAACGUCCGGUGGGUGGUAAUGACAUCGCCAAUUCUCAUCUCACCCGUAGCGCUCGGCAGGCUGCGCGACGCGAUGGAUGCGCUGCUGCCGAACGACUUCCACCGCUUCGGCAACGCCCGUCCGCCGCAGGCCCUCAAUGGUCGCCUCAUUUACCGCUUCGACGACAAGUCUGUUCCGGCCGGCGGCAACAGGAGUCAAGGCAACUUCAAAGAGGCACGGAGUCACAAGGACGAGGGCUUGGCAAAUCGCUCCCUGGGAGUGCGGGCGGGCCGCGUGCUGGCAGGGUCUCAGGCGGAGGUAGAUGGCGUCUAUAAGCACUACAGCGCCGUUGUUGUCUCGCCAGUAUCGCCAAACCCUGUCUCGGUGUCAAGGAAUGGCACCACUCUCGCGUCUCCGCCACCCAGCACGACCAGCACAGGCAGUUGCAACGGAUCAUCGGACCGAGCCACGGCGAAACUGGGCACGGGGGCGCCGGCGCCGGCGUAUGUGUCGAAUGCGAACAGCACUUGCCCGGGAACGCACUCUUACGUCAAUGAGAGCAGUGCAGACCACUCAAAUGCAACCGCAAGCGCAAGUUCAGCGUCACGAACAAGCGCCAUGUCGUCUGCCUCCGCGUCCAGCGCCGACGAGAAGAUGCUCAGUGGUUUGCAUCAUGGCUCCGAGUCGUCAGCGCAGACGCCAUCUGACGGAUCGGCGCCACAGUCGACGAAAACGUCGACGUCCACCACCACGACUACAACGAAGGGGCCUUCGGGCACCAAGGGAAAGCAAAGGCACGACGACGGUGCCUCGCAGAACACCUCCGAAGCCGAAGCCGGGGUUCUGGACGCGGUCAAGUCCAUCGUGACACGUGCGUUUACUUCGGCGAAGGCCUUCAGCAUGGGUGCCUUUCAGUCGUCUGUGGCCUACACCAAGGCAAACCCGGUGCGCGCGGUGCUCGGUUUACUGUGCAUCAUCGUACUCAUCUUUCUUAUCUCCACAUGCUGCCGCGGGUGGAGGCGGCCAGUGUAUGUGGUGGGGAUCGAUCCGACAGAGCUGCAACCCCUCAACUCUGCCAAACGAUUCGACCUCUACGGCGGCACCGGCACCGGUACCGUGGCUGUGCGGUAA